AGAGAGAGAGAGAGGGAGAGCGGUAAUCACUGGUUAGGACAGCAUCAUUCGUCGUAGUCAUCUUUCAUUAUCAACGAAAAAGGCCCUACACAACUCGGAUUGGCUUGUUGAUCUCAUUGGAGAGAGGGAGAGAGAUCCUGGACUUUAGGAUCCCACUCUCUCUCCUUUUGUAAUACUCGAAUCCACGAACAAGAAGGGAAGAAUGGUUGGGAAAAGAGUCUGCUCCUCUAACUGCAUCCACUCUUCCCCGAUGGAUGUCGCGGGGAGUAAUGGCGGCAUCGAGGAGCUUCCUUCCUCGUCCAUCACCGUCGAGAUUGCGCAGCCACUCCCUCAGAUGAAGCCCCACAUCAUAAAGUUGUGCAAGGAUCUGUUCAAGAAAUGGGCUUCGUUCGAUGAUUCUUGUUUCGACAUGGAAACGGUUUCUGGCGGCAUCACUAAUCUACUGCUGAAGGUUUCUGUCACUGAAAACAAUGGAAAAGCUGCAGUUUUUACAGUUCGUAUAUAUGGUCCAAAUACUGACUAUGUGAUUGAUCGAAGUCGAGAGUUACAGGCAAUACAUCAUCUCUCUGCUGCAGGAUUUGGCGCAAAGUUGCUUGGAAUAUUUGGAAAUGGCAUGGUGCAGAGCUAUAUCAAUGCUCAGACACUUUCUCCACCUGACAUGGGAAAGCCAAAACUUGCAGCUGAAAUUGCAAGACAGCUCCGUAUUUUCCAUCAGGUUGAGAUACCUGGUUCUAAAGAACCACAGUUGUGGAAUGAUAUCAUCAAGUUCUUCAAUAGAGCAUGUGAUCUCAAGUUUGAUGAUCAGGAGAAACAAAUGAAAUAUGAUACAAUUUCCUUCAAUAAAAUCAGGGACGAGAUUAAUAAGCUUGAGGCCUUAACAAACCGUCUAAAUGCUCCAGUAGUGUUUGCUCAUAAUGAUUUGCUUGCUGGAAACCUGAUGCUCAAUGAAGAUGAAGAUAAGCUAUACUUCAUAGAUUUUGAGUAUGGAUCAUACAGCUAUCGUGGAUAUGACAUUGCCAAUCAUUUCAAUGAAUAUGCUGGGUUUGAUGGUGACUACAGCCUGUACCCAGACAAAGGUUCACAGUACCAUUUCUUCCGCCAUUAUUUAUUUCCUGACAAACCAAAUGAGGCGUCUGAUGAAGAUCUAGAGGCUCUUUACGUUGAAACAAAUUCUUAUGCCUUAGCUUCACACCUUUACUGGGCAUUGUGGGCACUAAUCCAGGCGAAGAUGUCUCCCAUAGAUUUUGAUUACCUAGGGUACUUCUUCCUGCGGUACAACGAGUAUGAAAAGAACAAGGAAGCUUCUUUCUCGCUAGCACAUGCGUAUCUUUCAUCUUGAUUGGUUUAGUUGAUCAGAGACGUGUCUUGGGUGGUUGUCAGAUUGGAUGAUGAUGAUAUUGCUAUGGCGCCUUUCAACUUGCUGCCAGAACAGUCUGGGCUUCACAAUGGCCCGUAUGGGAAGGGAAAUGUACAGCCUCACUUCAUUGAUUUGCAGGAGAGUUUUGCCAACUAUAAGCUGUUCGCUUUUGAAGCUGAAAGCUUGUUCUUCAUCCAUUUAAACUUGUUUUUGUAAGCUAUAUGACGUCAUGAUCGGCCAUUUAUCCAUUGGAUUUUUAUUGGAAAAUACUAGUUUAGUGGCA